UACACACACAAGUAUAUUUUCAGUUAAUAUGCGUGCAAAUUUAAGAACCACGCGUGAAAAACCGGUGUGCCUAUUCCUUUAAAUUCAAAUUAUCUCAAUGGCUAAUUGCCCAGUGAAAAUUUUGGAUGUAAAUUUAUUAAAAUUUGAUGAAAAAAUGUGACUAGUUUGCGAUAAUAAGUUCUAAUUUAAAGGGACAAAAGCCGAAAUUAAAAAAUGAGUGGGGUUUGUUUGCCUGUAGCGUCGGGGCGCCUCGGUCUAUUUCACUUUCAAAAUGGCGUCGAGUGUCAAAUCGUCUAGAGACGGGAAACAAUGCGGAGGCGAAAAUGCCUUUUUCCAUGUUUUAUCUUUAAUUCAUUAAGAAAUUGAAUGAAAAAAAAUGAGAAAAAUAAAGUGCAUAAAAACAGGAAUGCAAUUGUAUUUUGUGUAAUGGAUGAGAAUAACGUGUGUGAUAGCUGAAAACUUUAAUUUAAAAAAAAAUUUUAAAGAAGGUAGUCACGCGUGUUUUGUGUGUGUGUGAAUGAAGGGAAGAAAUUUCAUGAGAUUUUGCACCACUUUCGGAGUCUGUGACACUUGCUGGUUCAAUGGAGCGGAUUUUCAUCCUCGGGGUGACUUUAUUGACAGUUGUUGAUCAAGUGAUCAGCGCUGGAGGAAUACAAUUCACUGUUGAGCCUGAAGACAUUGUUGUGGAGCAAGGAGGACCGGCGAGAUUAGACUGCCAGGCGAAAAGUGUUUUUGGAGAGGCAAAAAUCGAAUGGCGAACUGACGAUGGACAACCGAUAACAUUUUUUGGCGAUAAUUAUAGAUCACAGUUGCCUAAUGGAUCGCUGUACAUUAGCAGUGUCUAUUCUGGUAAUCCAGAAUUAACAGGGGGUUACCAGUGUCUUGCAUCCGUCGAUAAUGUUGGAUCAAUCGUCUCUCGGUCUUCUUCAAUUAGACUUGCAAGUCUGCCAGGAUUUGAGAAGGAGCCACAAAACACAAUUGUCAAUGAGGGACAAGUCGUUUAUUUCAGCUGUUCACUCUCAAUGUUUUCUAAGCAAAUAGAAAUAAAGUGGUUAAAGGACGAGCAUACAUUAAUGCUCGAUGACACACGAAUGACAAUUCUUCCUUCAGGAGCUUUGGAAAUUGACGACGUAAGGAUUCAAGAUGCUGGAGUUUACAUGUGUAAUGCAAGCGGUUUUGGACAAUACAGACUCAGUAAUAAAGGACAACUCACGAUGCUGCCGUAUGAUAACGAUCAAGCGACGGCUCCAGUGUUUAUUGCAAAACCCAUGGAACAAGUGGCUGUUGAGGGAUCGAGUGUCACUUUAGAAUGUGCCGUUAAUGGAAAUCCAAAACCAUCGGUUUCAUGGCUGAAGGACGGCGUAGCGAUUGAUUUGGCCUUAUUUGGUUCACGAUAUUUACAAUUGGCGUCUUCCAGUUUGAUGAUUAUGGAAAUUAAGGAAGAGGAUCAUGGUUCUUAUCAGUGUCGAGCCAAAAAUAAAGUCGAAACUUUGGACGCUGUCGCCGAAGUUUACGUACAAGUUCCGCCGAAAUUUAUAAAACGACCGCAGGAUAAAACGGCCAAUGAAAAUCAGGAUUUGGAAUUUGAAUGUGAAAUUCAUGGGAAACCAGAGCCGAAAGUAACGUGGUUGAAGAAUGGUGAACGCAUUAACUUUAGCGAAUAUUGGCAACUUGCCAGUGGACACAAUCUCAGGAUAAAUGGUCUUCUAGCAAUUGACGCAGGAAUUUUUCAGUGUAUCGGUAUUAAUCCUGCAGGCAGUAUUCAAGCAUCAGCACGUCUCACAAUUAAUCUACCGAAAAAAGUGAAUUCACGCAAGGCAACGACACCAAAGUCAAUGCCCAAGAAGAAAUUGCAGUUUCAUCGACAAUUGUAUAAUAAUACGUGGCAACAUCCAAGUACACUAUUGGGACAUACAUUGUCCGCUUAUACACAAAAUCCUCCCCUUUCAAUAAGUCCAUCCGAUGAUCCUUCAGAUCUUUUGGAUUCAAUUAGAGGUCCCAAUCCAUCUUACGAUCCAGACUCACGUUUUAUAGACGAUACAGAAACAUUCGAGUCAAUUGGAGGUAGCGUUCCAUCAGCGCCGAGAAAUUUGAGUCUCGUCAUUGUUGAGUCACGAUUUAUCACACUUCGAUGGCAGGAACCGGAAGACACAAAUGGAAAUAUCACCGCCUAUUAUGUUUAUUAUAAGCAGGAGAACUCGCAAAGAGAACGAGUGAUUAACACGUCUCAUAAACAGACGGAGGCUGUCAUUCCCAGUUUGCAGCCGAGCACAACAUACAAUUUCCGUAUUAUUGCGCACAAUUCUCAUGGCACUGGAUCGUCAAGUGAAAUUUUGCGUGUCACUACACAUUCUGAGGUAAAUGUACCCGGUCCACCAAUGAAUUUUGACGGUCAUCCUACGAGUAGUUCGAGUAUUGCUUUAUCCUGGGAGGAACCACAAUUGUUAAAUGGAAAAAUUUCCAAAUACAUUGUCACCUAUUCGGAGGAGGACGACGAAGAAAGUAAAGGCGAGACAUUGGGUACAACGUAUGAAUUGAUUAAUCUCGUGCCUUAUACUGAAUAUACAAUUUGGGUUCAAGCUGAGAAUGAAAAUGGACCCGGUGCCUCGAGUAAUGAGAUUGUUAUUCGCACGUACAGUUCUCAACCAACAAAACCCCCGCAUAAUGUCACACUUGAAGCAGCAAGUUCAACGAGCGUUAUAAUACGUUGGGAACCGCCACUCGACGGACAAAAUGGAAUUAUUAUUGGCUAUAAAAUUCGUUAUAAAAAACAAGAUCGACGCAAUAUGUUUCAUCCAAUAACAACGGAAAGUAAUCAACGAUUUCACACUCUCUCCGAUCUCGAAGAACAUGUCUCGUAUCAAGUGAGAAUUUGUGCCUUUAACGUUAAUGGAACAGGACCAUGGUCGGACUGGAUGUCAAUUGAAACAUAUGAAAAUGAUCUUGAUGAAUCUGUCGUGCCAAAUGAACCGGAAAAUUUUAAAGGCGAAGCAACAUCGAACUCGAUUUAUGUCAAGUGGAAUGCUCCUAAAGAUCAGAGUAUAAAAGUCAGAGGUUACGUUCUAACGUGGGGAAAAGGAUAUCCGGAUGUUGAUAGAGUUGAUCUCGAUGGCAAGCAGCGAUACUACACUAUCGAAAAUCUCGAUCCAUUGUCUGAAUAUGUAUUCGCAUUGAGAGCAAUGAAUGAAGCUGGCGGUGGUUCAAUAGCGUACGUAAAAGUUUGGACUACCGCGGUUUCUUUGCCAGAAUCAUCUACACCUCUAUUGCCGCCAGUGGCUCUUAAAGCCAUUGUUAUUUCUUCUACAACUGUCGUUUUGUAUUGGACGGACUCGACGCUCUCUAAAAAUCAAUACGUGACUGAUAAUAGACACUAUUCUGUUCGAUUCACAAUCUUCCAUCACAGUAUUACUCCCAAGUACAAGUAUUACGACUCCACGGAUUUGAAUUGCAUGAUACAUGAUCUAAAACCCUUCACGCAGUACGAGUUUGCUGUUAAACUUGUCAAGGGAAAACGCCAAUCUCCAUGGAGCAUGGUAGUUUUAAAUCAAACCCAAGAGGCGGCACCAAGUUCACCACCUCGGGAACUAACAGUUCAAAGUGUUAAUGAGAGACCAACUUCUGUUCUUAUUACCUGGCAGUCUCCGAAACUAUCGAAUGGACCCAUUACAGGCUAUAUAAUAUUUUAUUCGAUCGAUAAUACAAAAGUCGAGGGAGAUUGGCUUGUGGAGGGUGUAAUUGGAGAUAAAGAGGAAUUUAUAGUCAAAGGACUGAAUCCUAGUACAGUAUAUUAUUUUAAGAUGAAAGCUCGUAAUUCAAAAGGAUAUGGACCGUUUUCAAGCACUGUUAAUUUUAAAACACCUCAAAGUAAUGGCAAGGAUUUCUAUGAUGAUUUGCAUGGUCGAGAUGGACGAGGACUUUCGGGAAUAUUAAUUUACAUAAUUGUUGGAUGUUCCGUUAUUCUUCUUAUGGGUGUUGCUGGUGUCGUUGUUGUUUGCUGUCGAAGAAAUCCCGAUUCAUCAGAACGAAAGAAAGGAUAUUUGAAUGAGCCGAAUCAAAAGACAAAUAUUAAGCCGCCGGACUUGUGGAUUCAUCACGAUCAAAUGGAAUUAAAAGCCCUUGAAAAAUCGUCAGUUAAUGGCGAGGCGUCAACAAGCGGUGUUUCUAGUAAUACUCUUCCGCGAUCAAAUAAUCAGGAUUACAAUCAAGAAAGUAUGCAUGGGAAUUCAAGUUCACUGGACAAACGUACUUACAUACCAAGUUAUAUGGGCAACAACGAUGAGAAAUGCUCGACCCUAAGCCGACAGCAGAGUCGAGGAAGCCAUAAACCUAAACCUAAACUCAUUACCCUUCCAGUUGACAGUGCACCAUUUAGUCAACCAGUAGCCACUGCAACGCCAAUUGUGAACAACAGCAUUUCGCAGUCGACAAUUCACAGUUCCUGCGGCGAUGUGGCACCUCUCAGGCAAAAUUAUCCCCGCCCUGCAGCUCAAUAUAGUCUUAAUCGAGCCCACAUUACUUUAGAGCCUACGCCGGAAUCGAAUCCGGAUUCCUGUAACAUAAAUAGUAAUUACGAACCUAUGCCGAGUCAAUUGACCUACAAUAAUUCAAGUAAUCAGAAUUAUUCAGCAAGUGGUCAGUACGCUUCGGGUCGUUAUGGAAAUAGUAAUCAGUCAACGAACAGUACCGGCGACGGUACCGAAAGUAAUAAUAGUUCUAAGAGACUGCAAGGACAUCCACUGAAGAGUUUCAGUGUGCCCGCACCACCACCACAAUCAGCGCCUUCCACACCCGCACAACAAAAACACGCAGCUUCCCAAGUAAUAGUGCGACCGGCAAUGUCGGGAAGUCCCUACAAAAAAACUCUCGGCGCCAGUCAGUUGACGAAGAAUCGACUGGUCUCUGCAUCGAGCACAAAUCACACACCAGAAGAAGUCGAACGACUGAAGCCUUCAUACAGCACUGAAGAAUUGAAUCAAGAAAUGGCUACAUUGGAUGGGCUCAUGAAAGACUUGAAUGCCAUAACUGCAUCUGAGUUUGAGUGCUAGAGUGUUUUCCCUAAAAAAAAAAUACCAUGUGCCAUCUCCAACCGGGACUUAAUUAAUUGAUUGCAUUUCUAAAUGUUAGUAUCUGAGAGACGACUGUGGCAUUCCACUAGUUAAACAUACUCAAGUUUGUGGUUUUUUUCUUCUAUUUAUUUAAUUUUUAUUUUUCUAAUUUCUCCUCAUUAGGAUUCAAAUUCUUAAUUUUUGUUUUCGAUAGUCAUUUAUUCUUAUUUUCGUUAAAAACUUAUUUUCAUUGGAAAGAUUAUAAAUCUUUUUGUAGAAAAGUAAAUUUAGAUUUUUUUAAAACUUUACGUCUACUUUUAGUAGGAAAGUAAAUU